GGAUAAUAUAUUUUCUUUUGUUUAAUUUUCCAAAGCAGAUUAGUCCCUCAAUCCUUUUAUAUUUUUGUUUAUUCUGUUUUGGAAUCACUGUCGUGGACAUGGAGGACGGCCAGUUAUUGUCAUUCAUGAACUCCGGCAUCUAUCGGUUUCAAGGUGCUAAUGCCUUCUUCCUCGAUCCGGUUCGGGUCCUAAACAGGUCCUAUACGAGGUAUAAGGUUUCCCCGUGCGCAUACUACACUCGUUUCUUCGACUCCACUGAGAAGCUCGAGACAUUCUUAGAACCGAGAAAGCGGAAGCGCAAAGAAAAGAAGAAGCCUCUCUCUCUCAAUGAACGGGAAAAAGUUGCCGAUCAACGGCAUCAGGAGGUGAAACCAUUUUUGCUGAAAGCACACGAAGCUCUGCUUGGAACUACUGAGCUUUUGAAAGCGGUGAGGAAUCUCAGGCGCAACGAAUCCUCUGUUGAGGAACUUAAACAAUUGCCUCACCAGAGCUGUGAACAUUCUUUUUCGGAUCUUGGAAGUGUUUGGCAAGCUCCGCUUUAUGAAAUUGUUCUCAAUUAUCAGGAAGACGAUUCAUUUAUUGAAAACGAAGGAUCUCGUCAUGGUCGACAUUUCAAGCAAGAUGUGGUCCCAGUCUUUGAUAAUCUCAUUGUGAAUAAAGGAAGUGGGGAUGUAGAGGCUGAGUUUUUGAACCACAAAUAUAUUAUCCCCAAAGACAGUUGUUUCUACAUGUCUGAUGUGCGGAAAAUUCACAACCUAAUCCCCGUUGAUUCUAACGGUGGAUUUAAUAUUAUAGUCAUUGACCCACCAUGGGAAAACAGCAGUGCCCAUCAGAAACGAAGGUAUCAAACAUUGCCUAACCGAACCUUCUUAUCUCUUCCCAUCAAGAAACUGACUCAUACUGCUGGAGCCUUGGUUGCCUUAUGGGUAACCAACAGGGAAAAACUGCGGAGUUUCGUUGAGAAUGAAUUAUUUCCAUCAUGGGGUGUAACAUAUGUGGCCAGCUUAUAUUGGUUGAAGGUAAAGCUGAAUGGGUUAUUGAUAAGUGAAUUGGAUCUCUUUCAUCACAGGCCAUAUGAAUGCCUCCUCCUAGGUUACUCUGGCGGGAAGGAUAGUACCUCUGAUUUGUUAAAAUUGAAUGAUAUACCUGAUAAUCAAGUCCUUAUGAGUGUACCUGGAGAUUAUUCAAGGAAGCCCCCAGUUGGAGAGCUGCUGCGGGAGUAUGUGUCAGGAACACAACAUGCCCGUUGCAUUGAACUGUUCUCUAGGGAACUAUCAGCUGGGUGGACAUCUUGGGGGAAUGAACCUCUUCUUUUUCAAGCUUCCAAAUAUUUUUGUCAAGAAGCAGAUAAAUGAAGGGAUCUAGAUUUAUGCCUUCUCAUGAGAUGGUCAUCAGGACAGGGUCUGUUUAAACGUUUUAAAGUGGUGGCUUUGAAUGGCUGGCAAUCUCCAGCGGUCGCAUGGUAAUUAGCAUAUGUUUGAAGAGCAGAACCCCCUUGGAAACUUUGUAUCAACACAAGCAGGAACACUAGAUGCAAUUGGUUUUGAUCUCUUCAGAGAUAUUCUAUCAGCGGUAUCAGAGCACGUAGAUCGCUGGAUGAGAUUUACGCGUGCUAAGAUGGAAGGAAGAUUGAAUGAUCUGGAAAAAAAUCAACGGGAGUUCGCCGCAGCUAACAGAGCUAUUGCGGCGAAUAUAGCAGAGAUACGAGCUAAGCUAGCGACCUUGGUGGAGAGAGGUCAACAUCGAUCAGGAAGCAGAUGGCAUACGUCGAACUCUUCGCAACGUUCUUCGCAUCGCAAGUCAUUUCCAAUUCGCGAACUGAGUCGCAGAAGGCUUCUUUUAGUUCGCAAUCACGAACUUCUUCUUACCCUUCACAGACUUACUCACCUGCGAUCAAUUCGCGUUCAAGAAGUACACGAUUGAGAGGAGAAUCUUCACCGUCUCCAAUCGAUUCUCACGGUUCGUCUUCUUCCUCUCAAGCCGUUUUUCUGAGUGCGCAAACAAUUUCUUCUGGUCUUCUGGUUUCGACGCAAGCAGAAGUCCCCAGUUUGCAGGUUUCUUCAAUCGCUGGAUCUCACAGCUCAUCCUCUCUUGUCAUCACAUUAGAAAAGGGAUCCCCAGGGACUCCACCAACAACAAUAAACACAGAAUUGGAACCGGUUAUACCUUCAGUUAAGGAAACAAACCCUGAAGAGGAAUGCAAUGAGAAAUCUUCAGUUAAUCUUGGACCUGAAUUUGGAGCAAUGACUCGUUCCCUCAAAUGUGACAAACUAUCCAGCUUGAAUAACAGCAGCAAAGAUUGGAGUUCUUUUAGAGAAAACGAACUUUCUUCAUCUGACAGACAAGGAUGGAACCAAAUAAUUAUGAUUGAUAUACUUGGUGAUUUUGGUCUCUCAACCACAAAGGGUUGCUUUAUUAUUAUGUUGCUUCAUACUAGCAAAGAUUGUGCCAUUUUAGAGAUAGCCUGGGUUCUUCCAAUUCUCUGUUUUAAGACACCAGGUGAAAAUGGACUCUCCUUUGGAGGAACGUGCAGUGGCAGAGAGAUUUUGGUGGAGUAGUUCUAUGGGAGCUGUUUGGUGGAAUGAUGUGGAGUGUACUCCGAGUACGGCGGAGGAUGGCAUUGUUUUACUGAAAAGCAUCAUGGCAUUCAAUCUUAAUUCAAUGGGAGAAAAGUCAAAGGGAGUUGAAGCAAAUAGUAGUUCAAAAAUUUCUGAUGAACAGAUUAAAGUGGAUGAGUGUCCUGAUGUUCAGAACAUGAACACAAAUUCUGCUACUGUUGUAAGUAUUAUACCUCAGGAAAGCAUGAAAAUAUUUGUGGCUAUUGAAGGCCUGAAGACUAAGGAAGAAAAUGAAAAUUCACCAGAGAUAAUAUAUGCUGCAGUAACAUCUAUGAAUUGGAAGAAUCAAGUAUGGAAGCUCUUUUCUCAGAAAUCAGUUAGAUAUUGGGAAGGUAGAAGCGCCAGGAUGAAGAGGAAGCAGAAGAUCAUGGCUACUUCCUAUUACCCAGCUUGAGGGCAAAGUGGAUGUUUAAGGGGGGAGUAUUGAUAGGAAUCGGGCCUAAUAGACUAAUAAUAAUAAUAAUAAUAAUAAUAAUAAUAAUAAUAAUAAUAAUAAUAAUAAUAAUAAUAAGUGUACUAGAAUAGUAUAAAUAGAAUAAACUGGGAGAGGUCAAGCAGGCUGUUUGACUGUUGUAGUCUAAAUUGGGAAAGUUAGAGAUUACUCGUCUCUUUCUUUUGGGGCUUCGACCAUUGAUACUGUUCACCA